AAAUGGAGCUAGCACGAAAUCCUAAUUGGCCUGACCGUCCAAAACACGCGAUAAGCAAAUUCAGGAACCACUUUCGGUUCUCGGACCAUGAGCGAUUUGGCUAUUCGAGCAUAUCAGCAAGCAAGAUGGCCGGCGGAACCCGCCGCUCAACGGCUUUAGCUGGAGCUAAUAUAAAUCGCAAUACCUCCCUCGAAAUGAGGUUUUUCAGCACGAUUCCGUGUACCCCUCUGCACUAGCACAAUGCGUCUCCCCUCCCUCAGCACUGGGCUCUUGGCCGUCAGCUCGCUAUGGACUGCUGUCUCGGCGACGCCCGGCCAUGGUGUUCAAUUGACUGGCAAGCAUAAGAUCACUCCCAAGGUCUUUAUUGUGUCUAUGUUUGCCCCCGAAGCUGAGGCUUGGUGGGGUAUUCCCGAGUUCAAUCUCCUGGCGCACAACAUCACCGUCCCGGGUUUGUCACCUCUCUUCCCGGAUGUCCAUUGCACGGCCGACUACAGCGUCUGUCAGCUGGUCACCGGCGAAGGCGAGAUCAACGCCGCCGUGACUCUGUCCUCGCUCCUAUUUUCCCCCAUCUUCGAUCUCACCCACACCUACUUCUUCGUGGCAGGCAUUGCCGGUGUCAACCCGAAGGUGACAACGAUCAACUCGGCGACUUUCGCGCGGUACGCCGUGCAGGUUGCACUGCAGUACGAGGUCGACCUGCGAGAGCUUCCCGACAACUGGACGACCAGCUACUUCCCGCAAGGCGCCCAGAAGCCAUUCGAGUACCCGACUUCAAUUUACGGAACCGAGGUGUUUGAGCUGAACGCUGACCUCCGCUCGAUUGCGGCUUCGUUUGCUCGUCGCGCGAAUCUUUCCGACUCGACCACUGCCCAGGAAUACCGUGCCAAAUACGCCACCGACGACGAGGUUUAUGUGGCCGGUACCAAGGCGCCAUCCGUGGUGGAAUGCGACGUCACCACUACCGAUGUGUACUUCAGCGGCAGCCUGCUGAGCGACGCCUUCGACAAGACCACCAGCGUGCUCACCAACGGCACCGGUGUGUACUGCUCGACGGCGCAGGAGGACAACGCGACGCUGGAGGCGUUGCUGCGCGCGGCCAAGCACAACCUCACCGAUUUCUCGCGUAUCAUCGUCAUGCGCACAGGAUCCGACUUUGAGCGCGGAUACAAAGGCCAGUCCGCGCUGGACAACCUGCUGUAUGCAGAGCAAGGUGCGUUCGAGCCCGCAGUGCAGAACUUGUACAACGCCGGUGUGCAGGUUGUCCAGGGUAUCCUGCGUGGGUGGAACACCACCUUCGCUGCUGGCGUUAAGCCCAGCAACUACAUCGGUGACAUCUUCGGUACCCUGGGUGGCAAGCCGGACUUUGGGCCUGGAAGCGAGCAGGCAAAGGAAGAUGCUGGGGCGUUAACCAAGCGCGGAAUGGGUCUGACAAAGAGGAGCCGGGGCGUGCGGAGGUAGACAUGCACAUACCAAUGCCAUCCAAUCUGCUAGGAUCUCGUGUAUAUAACCCCACACACUUACACCAAUAAUAGUCCAUGAUAUCUGAGUUUAUCUGCAUAUACAUUACCGAGGAUACGCUUGUUCCCCAGAUAAGCAGCCAAAUCCGGGGUACAUCUUAUCAUCAUGACACACCGAUGUAACCUCCCGCACAGGAAGCUCUUCGCGUGGCCACUCAUAAUGCGACG